GAUUAUGGUUAGUGCCUUCCAUCAACAUGUGCACUAAGUUAACCACUCCAUAAUUUUAUAAACCUUGUCUAUAAAUACCCCAUAACAGGGCGUGUGUCCUCCACAAGCAAUCAAUAUUCAAAUCCCCUUGCUUCUUUUUCAUACUAAUUUGCUUCACUUAAAACUUCCUAAAUGGCUGCCCAAGGAGCUCUUGAACAAGCUUCCACGAACCAUAUUGAGAUUCCAGUUUAUGGAAAUGUUGCCGAUCAGCCAAGACAACAAUCCCAGAGGCCUGAAGAUGAAGAAGAUGAGGCUUUUGACUACUCCCAGAGGACACAAUGGCUUCGAGCCGCGGUGUUGGGAGCCAAUGAUGGGCUGGUCUCGGUUGCAUCACUGAUGAUGGGCGUGGGAGCUGUGAAGCAAGACGUGAAAGCCAUGCUGCUUGCAGGGUUUGCAGGGCUGGUGGCCGGGGCUUGCAGCAUGGCGAUAGGAGAGUUUGUCUCUGUGUACACUCAGUACGACAUAGAGGUGUCUCAAAUGAAAAGAGAUGAGAUGAGAACAAAUGGUGCUGCUACGGAGAAUGCACAAGAGGCAAAGAAGAAGAAGCUGCUGCUGCCAAAUCCUGCACAGGCAGCUAUGGCUUCAGCCAUUGCAUUUUCGAUAGGUGCCGUGGUGCCUUUGCUAGGAGCUGCAUUUAUAAGUGAGCACAAGGUGAGGCUAGCCGUUGUGGUGGUCUUGGCAAGCGUGGCGUUGGUUGUGUUCGGAGGAGUAGGAGCGAGGCUGGGAAGGACAUCGAUGAUGAAAUCUUGUGCCAGAGUUCUCGUUGGAGGAUGGAUGGCUAUGGCUAUUACUUUCGGACUCACCAAGUUAAUUGGGUCUAGUGGUCUGGAAAUGUGAUCAAAUUUUAUGCCUUUGUUGUCAUUGUGUUCUUAUAUCUUCUUGUCAUUUUCCCUUUUGAUGAUGUUGCUGGUGGUGUGAUUGCAGCUGCAUAGAGGCAGAAUGUAAAAUUUUAGUGUGAUAGUACGAACUUGUGUUCGUCGAAUAAUGUUGGUGCCCUUAUAAUUAAUCUACACAACUAUAUUUGGGUUGGUACAUGCGCUUGUACUCGCUGAUCGAGAGUCACUAUAU